GCUCCUCACGGGUCAAAUACGUAUGGUUGGAUGAUGGAAGACAGCUAAAAAAGCACGCGGACAAACCGACUAUUAAUAAUUGUGUGUUUUCAACACAACCACGUUACAGCUCAUUUCCAUUUCUCAGCCUUUAAAACAUUAUACUUUAACAAUUAUUAUUAUUUUUAUUAUACGUUACUUGUCACGCCGGAAUAACAUAAUAAUAAUUUUAUUUGAUCAGUCUCCGACGCCGGCGACAAUGCAGAGGGUUAAAGAUCAACGGUCAAGAUCUACUAAACCAGUAACCAUUCAUGUAUCCGCUCAAUCCGGCGAUCUUCUCGCCGUUCAGAAGUUUCUCCGGGAAACCCCAUCUCUUCUCAAUGAUCGCAACCCCGUUAUGGCAAACACACCACUUCAUGUUUCCGCUGGUCAUAACAGUGUGGAGGUUGUUAAGUUUCUCUUGACUUUAGAAGGACCCGAGAAAGUUGAGUUGGAAGCAAAAAACAUGUAUGGAGAAACUCCGUUACACUUGGCUGCUAAAAACGGUUGUAACGAAACUGCAAGCCUUCUUUUAUCUCAUGGAGCUUUUGUUGAAGCCACGGCAAAUAAUGGCAUGACUCCAUUGCAUCUUUCCGUUUGGCAUUCACUUAGAGCUGAGGACAUUUCGACUGUUAAGACAUUACUAGAGCAUAAUGCUGACUGUAGUGCCAAAGAUAAGGAAGGUAUGACCCCUUUGGAUCAUCUUUCACAAGGACCAGAACACGAGAAGUUGCGGGCUCUUCUCACUUUGUAUCUUGAAGAACAGAGAAAACGUCGGGCCAUUGAAGCAUGCAGUGAAACAAAAGCCAAAAUGGACGAACUUGAAAAAGAAUUAUCAAAAUUAGUGGGCCUACAUGAGCUUAAAUUACAGCUCAGAAAAUGGGCCAAAGGAAUGCUGUUAGAUGAGAGACGUAGGGCCCUUGGAUUAAAAGUUGGGCCCCGCAGACCGCCUCAUAUGGCUUUCCUUGGCAAUCCAGGAACAGGUAAAACUAUGGUUGCUCGGAUUCUCGGAAAAUUACUUUUCAUGGUGGGAAUUUUGCCGACUGAUAAAGUUACAGAAGUACAAAGAACGGAUUUAGUUGGAGAAUUUGUCGGUCACACAGGACCGAAAACUAGGAGAGUGAUAAAAGAAGCCGAAGGGGGGAUACUAUUUGUAGAUGAAGCAUACCGGUUAAUACCAAUGCAAAAAUCAGAUGACAAAGAUUACGGUUUAGAAGCCCUUGAAGAAAUAAUGUCGGUUAUGGAUAACGGUAAAGUAGUAGUAAUAUUCGCGGGCUAUAGUGAGCCAAUGAAACGCGUGAUCACUUCUAACGAAGGGUUUUGUAGACGCGUGACAAAGUUUUUCACUUUCGACGACUUUAUGACCGAAGAUUUAGCCAAGAUUCUUCAUUUGAAAAUGAAUAAUCAAACUGAAGGUAGUUUAUUAUACGGGUUUAAGUUGGAUCCUUCAUGUACAGUUGAAAACGUCGAGAAUUUGAUAAAGACCGAAACCAGUGACAAACAGAGGAAAGAGAUGAAUGCGGGGUUGGUAGAUCCGUUGUUAGUUAAUGCGCGAGAGAAUCUUGAUUUGAGACUUAGUUUUGAUUGUGUCGAUACCGAUGAGUUGUUGUCGAUCACUUUAGAAGAUCUAAAAAACGGGCUCAGGUUAAUUUCACGAUGAUAAAUUGUUAUUUUUUUAAUCUUUUCGAUAGCUUCCGAUUGAAUCUAGAUGAGAUUAAUUCUAUUGUGUGUGGACUGUGGACUUAAUUAAUUUUGUUGCAUGAUUUUUUUUUAAAAAAAAUUUAUAUACAGGUUUGUUGUA